AUUAACUCCUCUCACACAAAACGGUUUUCCUUUUCUCUAUCUAAGAAAGUCUUAACUGCAAGAUCGCAAGAUUUUAUUAAGUUGCAGACAAAAUUAAAAUUAAACUGAAGAAAAAAAAGUUGGAACCGGUCCAAGAGCAGAGGAAGUCACCGAGAAGCUUCGCCUUUUGUAACUACUUUCUCAUUCUUCUUCUUCACACGCACAGAGUAGUACGAGUCGUGGGCUGAUCUUUGUAACUGAUAACCUCGCUAUGGAUGAGUAUUUUGUUUAAUUUUAGUUUUCUGUUCAAUUUUCCAGUUUCUGAUUUGAUGGGUUUGAAGUGUUGAGGUAAUCGGAGCAGAAAUUUGUGACUGUUAGUUCUGCUUCAAGAGUCUUUUGGUUUUGUUUUUUGUUGUUUUUGCCUUUUGAAUUGUUUUGGUUGAUUAUUGUGGUGGGAGGGGUUUGUGAAUGUGUGUGACUUUACAAAGUUUCCAUUUUACCAUUUUUUUUGCUUCCUCUUUCUCUCUCUCUCUUCCCCUCCCCAUCUAUCUAUCUUGUUUUGAUUCUGAGAAGGGUUUUGAGUAAAAAGGUGUCUGCUUUGAUGGAUAAUGGUGCAAAUCAUGAAGAUUGUUGAUGAAAAUUUCUGAAUUUAAGAAAAAGGCUGUAAUCUUCAGCAAAUCCUGGUGUUGCUUGUGUUUCUCUAUUCUGUAUAUCAGGUUUUGCCUCUGUUCCCAUGUAAGCUGGAGUUAUGACAUUCCACCGUGAGAAGUUUGUGCGGUUUCAAGAUUGGGGGUCGGAAAAAAGCUUUAAUGAUCAAUCCCCGUCAAGCGGCGCACUGCAACUAUCCAGGCUCAAGUUAGCAGUGCUUGGAGCCUUUUGGUACUUGUUCUCAAUAGAACGCGAGACGAUUUGUUGGGAGAGAGCUUGUGGGAACCAAACUGCAUGUAGAGAAGCCUCUUUUUAUUGCCAUGGUGACCACACGAGAUUCGUACAGAUUUUGAACAACUCAUGCCCUAUCCAAAACGAAAAUGCUGCUCUUUUCGACUUUGGGAUAUUCCUCGAGGCCCUUCAAUCUGGUAUUGUUGAAUCAGAAGAUUUCCCCCAGAAAUUCUUCUAUUGUUUCUGGUGGGGCCUACAGAAUUUGAGUUCCCUUGGCCAGAACCUUAAAACAAGUACCUACGUUUGGGAAAUUUGCUUUGCGGUUUUCAUAUCAAUCGCGGGCUUGGUGCUGUUUUCGUUUCUGAUCGGAAAUAUGCAAACAUACCUUCAGUCCACAACACUGAGACUCGAAGAGAUGAGGGUCAAAAAACGAGACGCCGAGCAAUGGAUGUCCCACCGCCUUCUCCCCGACAGCUUGAGGGAGCGGAUAAGAAGGUACGAGCAGUACAAAUGGCAGGAAACUCGAGGCGUCGACGAAGAGAACCUUAUCCGCAAUCUCCCAAAGGAUCUCAGACGAGACAUAAAACGACAUCUCUGUUUAGCUUUACUCAAGCGAGUGCCGAUGUUUGAGAAGAUGGACGAGCAGCUGCUGGACGCGCUCUGCGACCGGUUAAGGCCCGUUUUGUACACGGAAGGCAGCUACAUCGUUCGAGAAGGCGACCCAGUAGACGAGAUGCUUUUCGUGAUGCGUGGCCGUUUGCUGACAGUGACGACCAACGGUGGGCGAACGGGCUUCUUCAACUCGGACCAUCUCAGGCCCGGCGACUUCUGCGGGGAGGAGCUCUUGACGUGGGCCCUCGACCCAAACUCCUCCACCAACCUUCCGACAUCUACCCGAACAGUCCAGGCACUUUCAGAAGUGGAGGCCUUUGCCCUGAUGGCCCACGACCUGAAGUUCGUGGCCUCGCAGUUCCGGAGGCUGCACAGCAAGCAGCUUCGGCACACGUUCAGAUUCUACUCGCAGCAGUGGAGGACUUGGGCGGCGUGCUUCAUACAGGCGGCGUGGAGGAGGUACUGGCGGCGGAAGGCGGAGGAGGCGUUGCUGAGGGAGGAGGAAGGGAGGCUGAGGGAUGCGCUGGCGAGGGACGGGUCGAGUGGAGGGGGGCCGAUGAGUUUUGGGGCGGCGAUAUAUGCGUCGAGGUUUGCGGCGAAUGCGCUGAGGGGGCUGAAGAGGAGUGGAGGGAGGAAGGUGAGGGCGGCGGUGGGGCAGGAGAGGAUGCCGGCAAUGCUGCUGCAGAAGCCGGCCGAGCCGGAUUUCACGGCAGAGGAGGAUAAGUGAUAUUAUUGAUUGACUGGCUGGUAUAGGAGGAGUAUGGUUAUGUUAUAUUAUUGAUUAGUGAUUAUUGAUUAUUGACGUGUGUGUGUGUGUGUGUGUGUG